GAUGAAGUGACGCUAUCGAUCAGACUCAGAGGAGAGCAACAUAAUCAUUUUGAUAACGAUAUUGCCUUGAACGCAUACUGCCUUACCCUGCUUACUGAUCUAGAAAAUAGAGCUCAUCUGGCCAGACACAGCUGCUAAUGCUAAUGCUACAUGGUAUUGUUAUUUAGAUCCUUGCACUAGAUGAUCUGUCAGAGAAAGUUUUUUGAAGGCAGCUCGUUGACUGAUUGUCUUGUUUGAACACAGUUGGAGAAAGCCACUCCAGAUGGUGAAUGUUUUUGAAAGAAACAGCCGUAGUUGUGUGAGGUGGUGAGCGCAUCGAACUGCCUGAAUCGUGCGCGGAUAGCGUCCCUUCAUUGGCAAAGCGCGGGGUCCGCGGUGGGCGCUUCUAUCUUUGCUAGGGAUCGGCCAUUAGGCAAGCAACAAGUAGAAGACUGAUCAGGCACAGCGACAACGGUCACCACGGUCGUCGCCAUGCCGAAACCGGAGAAGGAGCGACUGGAUCAGGAUCGCAUGGGCGUCUUCAGGGAGAUGUCCUACGUCACCGUCGGUGAUAGGUAUGGAAAGAAAAAACCUUUCAAGCCAGCUCCAAAGGAGAAGCGCUUUCAUGUGCCAUUCACCAAGUCCAAAACGGGAACCCAGGAUGGCUACUUCUCCAAGAACUACGACCGCAUAAUGGAGAAAGAGGCUUAUCAUGAUCCUGUGGCUGCUAAGCGACAGUCGAGAAACAAGGAAGUCAAGAAAAGCCUAGCCGGACCCUAUGUUCCUCCUGGUCCGGCCAAGGCUGGAGAGGGUCAGGGUAGCUACUUUGGCACACUGGGCGGAAAGGUUACUCACUUUAGCGCUGAGGUUAGGCCCAGGAAAGGGCAUACGGAGCAGAAGCGAAAUUUCUUCGUGCCCCCACCAAAGAAGGGAACCGGCUUUGGCUACUCCAACGUCCUCAUCGGCACGAUCCCACCGCACAAGUCUGACCCGCUAGAACUCAAGGAAAAGAUGAGAAUAAAAGAAGCGCAAGCCCAUCGUGACAAGAUGAAGGCACGCGGAGCGCCGCCAUUCCGUACUAGCUGUGCCCCGGUGUCGCUCUUUGAUCCCAGCCCAAUGAGCGGUGAAAAACCUGGCCCUGUCUAUCGUCCUGAACCAAAAUCUACCAAGAAAGCCACCGUCUUUCUUCCGUCCGCUCCUGCCAAAUUGCCGGGCGGGUGCAAGGCGGGCAUGUUUACCAAGUUCCCUGAGCAUCAAAAGGAGCCGUACAAGAGGCCGCCGGUACUCCGAGACCUCUCGUCCAAGAUUCGACCCAAGGACUGCCCGGAGGUGUUCGCCUAUGUGCCGGGCAUUCGGACAACGCGUACGAACUCCGUUCUGAAGCAGAACGUCCAGAGACGGAUUCACGGCCAGAACUUUGAGUAUGCACCUCAGGUUAUGAAAGAAAGUGAACCACCAAAGGAAGCACUCGGCUUGCCGACUGUGGAAGUAUAAAUGAGUGAUAAUCUCUUUGUCUUGUGUGGAAUGAUGACAAGUGUUGCCCGGUCUUGACAAAUACCUUGCAAUUACCUGUGAAUGCAUAAAGCCACAGUGUGUAGAAAGAUGGACAAUCACACGUACCUAUGCGUACACGCAUAUAUGCACCCCCCCCCCCCCCCCACCCGGGCCCCCACACAUACACCCCACAUUCCUACACGCUACCAUUCGUCUCCACACUACUAUUCGUUUUUGUUGCCGUCCUGUCAUUAAUUAAGACAACGUUUCCAGAAAAUCCGUAUUUCCUGUGAAUUGUUCUGCUUCAGAGGAACUUUGAGAUUUCAUAAUCAUUUUAAAAAUUAAUUUUAUUUCUGCCUUGUUUCAGUAUCAGGAUAAUUGUACAUUCAGAAUUGUUUUUAUAAAUCGAACCGCGGCUUGUAAGAA